AUGAGUGCGAGGCGAUUUGCGUUUACUUAUGAACGAAAUCCACCGCUAGGCUUGCAAAUAUUGAUAUGCUCCCUCCUAGCCAAGGCCGUCCACAAAGUCCAGAUCGUGACGCCCAAGCCGCCCAGCACCAUCCUCGUGCUGCUCAAGAACGCCAUCACUUCCGAGCUCAAGGCGCGCGGCGUCACGGCCGUCGAACAAGUCGCGGCUCAGAGAAGGGACUGCCUGGACAGGAUCAUGCUCUCGCGCGUGUUCGACAUGGAUGGAUUCGGCGAGGUGCUGGCUGAUUUGGAGAAUGCGGCGGCGGCGGCGGCUGAGGCUGCCUCUGGGAACGGGGGGCUUGCUGAGGCGCGGGAGGUUGGGGAGACGAAGACGACGGGGGACGAGGCACAGACUCAUGAUUAUGGUGCUGGGGCUGGGGCUGCAACAAGUGUAGAGCAUGAGCCUGAGCGGCCUCCCCUUAUCGUUGCCGAGAUCCAGGAUAGUCAAGACGAGGACGAACCGCUCUCUCCCCUACCGACGACACCGCCUCAACCUGACAUCCAAGAGAGACACCAGAAAGACCCAGAUCACGCCGAUGACAACCCCAAAAACGACACACCCAGCAUCAUCAACAACAACAACAACUCUGCGGCCGCCGCCGCCGCCGCGAACAAUCACAAUCCGAAAGCGACAACAGCAACCCCCGACAUCAUCCUCGUCACCCACUUCUCCUCCCUCCUCACCAGCUUCUUCACCCAGCGCGACAAGCCGACCGCCCACGCCACCCUCCGCCUCCUCUCCGCCCGCCUCCGGCGUCUCUCCAGGACGCUGCCCUCGCAUCCCCUCGUCCUGCUCGUCAACUCCACUGACUCUGGCGCGGCGGCCCAUUCCUCUGCCUCACACGGCUACGAGAACCCCCCGCCGCCGCCGCCGUCGGAGCAACAACAACCUCCCACGUAUCAUAACAACAAAUUCCCACCAGUGGCCCCGUCUCUCCGCUCGAUAUUCAACCCAGCCGCGGCGUCAUCUGGGCCAUCAUCGACGACGACGACGCUUCAGUCGCCCCCGUCUGGUCACCGACAAGCCUUCGUCAAGCCGAACAAGCCGACCUUUGGCCUCGUCUUCACGCAGCUGCUCGACCUCCAUCUUCUCUGCACGCGGGCUCCCCGUCCCAGCAAGAACACGACGGUGACAGCUACGCCGAGCGUUGCCUUGACGGUCGUGGAGGUGUUGCUGGAUGACAUUGGUCUGUGGGAAGGCGAAAGGGGCCGUAGGAGGAGGAGGGAGCAGCGUUGGACCGUCGUGGCGGCUUCUUCACACGGCCGGAUUGUCGAUGCUUUUCUUUCGGACGGGGAGAGAGAGGACUUGGAGAGAGCGGAGUGA